GUCUUCCCGUGCGGAAUUUCUCUGACGAAACGGCUUUCUACAUCGAACCAGCAUCAUCGAUGCAGUAUAAGAUCUCCUCCCACCACUCAGUACUUCCCCCAAGUCUGAACAUCACACGAUGGUUCUCAAACUUCACGGUUUCUCGCGCGUGGGGGGAGGCACGCAGUCAGUCCUGGUGACCCUCCUCGAGAAACAGGUGCCGUUCGAGAAUUGUACCAUCGACACUGCGAACAACGCGCACCGCUCACCUCAAUACAUGGCGAUGCAGCCGUUCGGGCAGUACCCCGUAAUUGACGACGACGGGUUCAUUCUGUACGAGUCGCGGGCGAUCUGCCGGUAUCUCGAGGACAUGUAUCCGGCGCAGGGAACGAGACUGGGGCCGCCCAGCGGGGAUGUGCGUGCCCGCGCGCUCUUCGAGCAGGCGAUAUCGGUCGAGUCAUCCAACUUCAACCCGCACGCGCACAGCAUAUUUGCUGAAAGGGUGAUCAAUCCCCUGCGAGGCCUGACAUGCGAUGAAUCCGUCGUCGAAGAGGCCCUCCGCAAGCUCUGCGUCACUCUGGAUGUGUAUGAGUCUGUGCUUGGAAAGACGCGGUAUCUCGCUGGCGAGGAAUUCACACUCGCAGAUCUGUUCCAUCUGGCCUUCGGCGCCGCGCUAGCUCAGGCUGGAUGCGGCAUCAUGACGAGUGAUGCCCGACCGAAUGUGGCUCGUGCGCCUUCCUUGCUCCCUCCACCAACCUCGAUGGCCUCCGACUCACCAAACCAGACCGUCCUCGUCGUCGGCGCAUCGCGCGGAAUCGGGCUCGCGCUCGUCCAGGAGCUCGCCGCGACCCCAAACACCACCGUCCUCGGCACCGUGCGCACGGGAUCCCUGCCCAUCGCCGGCGCGACGACGCUCACCGCGGACAUCACCUCCGACGCGUCGGUCGCCGCCGCCGCCGCGGGCGUCGCGGAGCUCGACACGCUCAUCGUCAAUGCGGGGAUGGGCGACCGCGAUCCCGUCACGCGCACCGCGACGGCGCACCUCGGGCAGUACCUCGACACGAACGUGCUCGGGCCGCACCGCGUCAUCCGCGCGUUCCUCCCUGCCCUGCGCGCCAGUCCGCGCAAAAUAAGGCGCAUCGUCCUCAUCAGCUCGUCGAGCGGCUCCAUCGAGCAGCAGGCGAUGCCGAACUCGAUCGGCUUGGCGGGGUGCUACGGCGUCUCCAAGGCCGCGCUCAAUAUGCUUGCCGUGCAGACGAACAACGAACUGAACCGCGCGGGCGAGGAAUUCACUGUCAUCUCUGUCCACCCGGGCUGGGUCGCGACGGAUAUGGGAAAUCAGCACGGCUCUGGGGGUAUGCCACCCGAGGUCUCGGCCAAGGCGAUUUUGAAGUUGGUCGCUGGUCUCACCCCCGAGCAAGGCGGCAAGUUCUUCAAAUUCGAUGGAGAGAUCAUGCCGUGGUAG